AUGAUAAUGAUGCGUACAGUGUUGUGUGUUAUGCUUCUUGCACUGUAUUGUACUUGCAGUUUCGUGUUGGCUAAUACUGAUGAUGUUAGGGUUCCUAACGCUGACGUUCAAGCUGACGUUCAUGUUGAAGAAGAACCUGAGAGUGGUGGUGAAGAUGGUGCCGCAGGAAGUAAACAAUUAGGAAAAGAAGGUCCUGGAAAAGGAAAAGCUGGACGUGCCGAGACUACAGCACAACCUGGUUCUUCUGGUGGUGACAUGGAUGGGGAAAAUAAAAUGAAACAAGGUCCAGUUGGUCCUCAGGGCCCUUCAGAAAGCCAACUACCAGGAAAUAGUACUCAGUCUCCCCGUCAACCUGCCAGUCCAUCACAACCUGUUACAGGAAAUACAAACGACGGUGCUCUUUCUCCAUCAGACAAUCAGAACGAUCAAAUUCAAGGUGGGGGUAAAGCGGAUUUGCAGGCUAAAGGGCAAGUGACCGAGAGGCAGGAAUCAGGAAAUAAUGGUGGAUCCAAUUCUGGCAGUGAAAAGAAUACUGUUGGCUCUCCCACUGAAGAGGACCCCAAUGCUAAUAGUGAAGAAAAAAAGUCUGAAAAUGCACAGAGUUUAAACAUCGUUAGUAGACAAGUUACUAACGAUGCAGUCGCCAGUGGUACACAACCUCAAGCAGGUGUUGGUACAGAACCAUCUACUCCUUCAGCAUCUUCGCAUACUGAUGGAGCCGCAGGUAGUGAGAAUUCUGCACAGACAUCAACAAAUAACUCAGCGAGUACGAACUCUGAACCUUCAACUACAGCCAGUAAUGAGGACUCAACCUCAACCACCACCACCACAACAACAACAACACUUCCUCCUGAACUCACAAACAACAAGAAGGGUGAUGCAGACAGCAGCAGCAGUAUCAGCAGUUCUGUGUGGUUUCGUGUACCACUACUGAUUGUGGUUACACUGUCCUGUAUUCUUGUGUGCUGA